CGCAGCAGAGAGGCAGGGCUUAAUGCUGGCUCAAAAGUUUGCUUUGACUCCUUCAAAACAUUAGGAAAGUUUGGCUCUGCUGUUACAGGCACCUCGAGUUACUUAUGCAUUGCCAGAGCUCUCUAUUCGACCCAGGAGUAUUAGUAAACACGGUUAUAUUAUAGCAGCUCGCAAAAUCUCCACAGUGUGAUUAUGGAAAACCCUAACCAGACGGAGACGGAGUUGUAUCUGUUCGAGCGUGUGGUCGUGUUGUGCACCUGCACGCUGUCUUUUCUGGGCUCCUCUCUGAUCAUCCUCACCUUUAUUAUCUGGCCGGACCUGAGGACGACCCCCAGGAAGCUGCUGGUGUUCCUGUCGGUGUCGGACUGGCUGUCGGCCGCGUCCUACGCCUUCGGCGUCGGGAGAGGGUUCCUGUCCGACUCCACCGACUGCGUCGCGCAGGGAGCCGUCUCCACCUUCGCCAACACCAGCAGCUUCUUCUGGACCGUGGCCAUCGCCGUGUACCUGUACAUCUUCAUCGUGAGGUCCAACCAGAGAGCUGCCGACAGCCUGGUGCUCUUCUUCCACAUUGUCAGCUGGGGUGUUCCUCUGGUCAUCACCAUCACUGCUGUAUGUCUCAGCAAGAUCGGUUACGAUGCAUCAGAAGUGUCGGUGGGCUGGUGCUGGGUUAGGCUCCAUGAUCCAGACCGAGUCCUGUGGAUGCUUCUUACCGGGAAAGUCUGGGAGUUCCUGGCGUACCUCACUCUCCCUGUGCUCUACAUCUUGAUCAAGAGGCAUAUCCACAAAGCGCAUGCAGCCCUGUCUGAAUACCGUCCCAUCUUGGCCAACAGGCCUCCAACACAGUCCUUCUCAUCCAUGGCGGAUGUGAAGCUAACUCUCAUUCCCAUUGUCUUCAUCACGCUACGCAUCUGGAGCACAGUGCGUUUCAUACUGCUGCUUGUGGACUCAUCGGUUAAACAGCACCCGGUGCUGGUCACACUACAUGGUAUUGGCAACACAUCACAGGGAGCAGCCAACUGCAUCAUGUUUGUAUUAUUUACCCAGCCGAUCCGCACUCGCCUCAGCGCCGCGCUCUGCUGCUCUAACUGCCGAUCAUGCGUGCCGGAUUCAGGUGGUUCCCCACAGAGGCUGCCGGAGCAGGACCCCCUAUGCCACGGAGAAGAAGACAGCACAAGCAGAGUUCCCUUGGACAGAUGAUGCUUUAAUCUGCGGCCGAGUAAAGCAGAGACAGACUGAAAGGCCUGCAUGACACGAACAGUGGAGUUUGCCAUUUUGCAUUCACCAAACGACUUGUGGGUGGGUUGUACGUCCUGGAAGUACAUGUACUUCUGUGUGGGAUGAUGCUGCACCAGCAUAUAAUGAAACGCUUGAUAGUACCCUAAAGUGAUGUUACACUUGAAGCCUUGUACAUUUUUUUUGUUCAUGGCACACUCCAUGACAGAAGGUUUACUGUUGCACCUCUAUUUAUCAUGUACGGUCUUGAGAUCGUCGCUGUCAAUUAAUGUUUAGUUUACUUCUUUAAGUAAUCAAGUUUUUGAUCAUGAUCUCACGUCGAAUAAAAAAAAAGACAUUUUGUAAUGAACUUAUUGCAAUUGGAAAUAUCUAGCCCAAACAUCUGAUUAUUAAUGAUGACUUGAAUGUUUUUUUUUCAAAACACAUAUGUGGUAAUACUGACCUCUGACGAUUUCACUUAAAGAAAAACGUUUUUUACAGCAUCUUAUACCACGCCUGCAGUAAGAGCCUCAAUGCUUCAAUAAUGCACGUCCCUGCAGCUGGUGCCUGCUUGGGGAGGGAGGUGUUAAGAAAUUACAAAUAACUAAAGUAGAUUUUUCUACAGCCCAUGUUCAUGUGAAUCUUCAGCUACGAGUGAAGGAAUGGGCCACAUGUCUGCCUGCGUGCAGAGGUGCCGUGGGAAGGUUUCAGCUGACUAGACGGAUGGAUCUUUGCAUCAUAAAUUCCAUCCAUCCAUCAUUUAUACCCACCUCCCUGUUCAUGGUCAUAGUAGCUGCCUCUCAAACUUUUUUUCUAGGAAGUACUCAAAGCAACCGUGAGAGCCAGAGGGGUUCGUUCGGUCUCCAAACUACAGAUUCUGAUGAGGCCAUUCCUGAUCUGAGCCAGGAAAUCUAAUUAACUCUUUCUUUCUGCCAGUCAAGAUUUGUGCAUAUAUUUACCUUAAAUCAACUUAAAUCCUCAGUUACUUGUUAUAUAUGGGGCUUUAAUAAUUGCAUUUUUGUUUUUAUAUGCAUCUUUUUUUUUACAACAUCCCAUCUUUUUUAAAUGAAUUAGCAAAUGCAAAGUAUUAUUUAUAUUUACUUAAACAACAGUUUGUCAUUUGUAACAG